AUGUCUCAACAACAUCAAACUCUUCCUAACAAUCAAUUCCUCUCUCUUGCAAGAAGCCUCACUGAAGAAAAACAAUUCAUCAUGGAUGUUCUUUGCGACAAUACCUAUACCACCUACUUGGUGAAUUCACUUUCUUCUGGCGAUUCAAUUUGUAGAAGAUUGUGGUCAACUCCUAUUAGAAUUGAUCCUCCAAUGAAAUUAAGAAAUCAAUUGCUGACCAUCUACAAGAUGAUGUACACGAGAGAUUUUAAUGAAAUUAAUUUGGGAGCAAGAGUUUAUUUAAAACGAUCCGAUCUUCAUUAUUUGUACAGAGGAACCUGCAGAAAGGACCGAUCAGAGAAUAUGAUUGAGUUUCAUGUUGAACGUGGCGAUGAUGUUAAGUGUAGUUGGGUGAAUAGAAAUGAAUUGGAUUAUUGGUGUAAGCCUAUUUACAGUCAUUGUUGGGAAAAUGAUGAAAGAAUUGAAUUGUAUCAUGUAUUCGGAAAGAAAGUGUAUGAAUUUUCAGUUCCUGGAGAGAAGCAAACUCUCGUUGUUGGAAGCUUUUAUUAUAAUGUUGGAGAAUUUAUUCAAUUAAUUGAAGAGAUUCCAAAGAUUAUUGUUGAUAAGAAUGUUAAAACUGUGGUGGUGAAUUUUAGAAAGCCUAAUGUUUCGGAUUCAUUCUCACCUGCAAGAAAAAAGCAGAAAGUUCAAUCGGCAAGUCCUUCACAAGUGGUAGUCAAGACAGUCAUUGCCAAGCCUUUGAGUCCGAAUAAUACUUCAGUGACAACAAUAUUUGAGGCAGUGAAGGAGAGUGAUCAAGUAAUGGAAACUGAACUGGUGCAAGUUAUAGUUAGCGAGCCUCCAAUGAUAAUGAAUGAAGCAACCCUGAUUGAAGUUUUGAAGGAGAAACGUAUCAAUUUCAAGCAUGUCAUUCCUUUCAUUAGUGAAGAUGAGGAUUUAUUGAGAAGUUUGAUUUCCAAUAUUGCUCUGAUUAUGGAUCAUCAAGGAUUGAAGAAUGUGGUCAAGAUUCACACUUCAAAGAAAGAUAAGGCAUUGAGCUCUGAAGUGAAUACUGAAUUGAUUCACUCAAUUGCUGAUGCAAUGCUAUCAAGAGAGAUUGAUUUUACCAACACCUUCUUCACACUGCUCGACAUGGAUGAAAUUGAAUUGUGCAAGCAGAUUGUCAUGUGUCUUGGAAGAUUAGAAUCCUACGAGAGCAUUCUCUGUUUAGAAAGACACAAGAUAUUCAUUGAUUCUCUCUAUGCCAGUAUGAACAAGACCUUCACUGAUUGUGUCCGAAUGAUCCUAGCUCUCGAAGAAAGAAUGGUCGAUGAUGAAAAUUCUCGAGUCAAAACAUUGGGAAAUUUAUUCUCCAUCUCUGAAGAAGUCACUUUACGAAUCGUAGAAGAUAGAAAUGUUCACUCCCAUGCUCAACUCAAAAGACAAAGACUUAAGGGAGCUCUAGAAGAUCGUGUCCAAUAUCUGAAACAAAUCAAAGCUUCUUACCUUACCAAGAAGAAAUCAGCAAAGAAAGUUCAAGCCAUCAAUGUUUUAAUUCAAAAUGCAAUGGAUCAAUUUCCAAAAUGUAAAUAA